CAGAGUUUGGUUUUCACUGUUGGUAAAGCCCUGAAUUAUCUGAAUUAAUGACCAACACAGUUAAGAGUCUAGCUUCUAAAAGGUUUAAUCUGCAUUUGCAGGAACUGUGCCUCUUAAUACCCACAAAAUGAACCUCAGCAACUGCAGUAUCACAGCCUAUGAAAGCUUUCCGCUUGUCCAGCUGUGUGUUUACAUCCCAGUUUUGCUUUUGGGCAUUUUGCUGAACGUGUUGGCACUGUGGGUGUUCUGCUGCAAACUCGGCAAAUGGACAGGAACCAGAGUAUACAUGGUCAACUUAGCUGUGGCUGACUGCUUGCUGCUCUUUACUUUGCCUUUUAAAACUUUAUCCCAGUUCUAUCAGCUGAAGGUAGGUAGAUGGUGCCUGGUUCUGGAAGGUGGCUAUUUCAUAAACCGCUUCAUGAGCAUCAGUAUCAUCACCAUUGUAGCAGCUGAUAGGUACCUUGCAAUCAAGUACCCUUUGAAAGCCAAGGAACUGAGGUCACCGCUGAAGGCAAGUUUUGCCUCUGGAUUCCUUUGGAUAGUCAUCAUCUGUGAGAUGUCCCUCAUUAAAAAGUUAGAAUACCGAGGACAAGAUGAAUAUUGCUUUGAAAAGUCUUCCGUUAAACCCUCAGUGACCACACUGUGUGCUGUUAUGGUAGGGUUUUUCAUACCAUUGAUCAUCUUGAGUUAUUGCUCCAUACAAGUCAUUGUAGAACUCAUGAGAAAGAAGAAUGAAAACUGUCACAAGGAAAAGUCACUCAGGAAGGCUGUCUACAUCGUGUCUGCAAACAUGUCUGUGUUCAUCGUAUGCUUUUUACCCCUUUACCUCGGGCAUCUCCUUCGCUUUAUAAUGGACUCCAUCAGCUCCAACUGCUCUGCAAUACAGAAGGUUAAUAAUUUUGUUCACCUCGCGUCGGUCCUUGCAAACACAAACUGCUGCCUGGAUGCUAUUUGUUACUACUUUGUCAACAAGGAAUUUAAGGAAGCCUCUCCCAAGCUAGCAAAGUCCAAAUGCGAAGCCAUUGAAGAAGCUGAAAUUCAGCUCCCGUGCAUAACACAUUAGUGCAAAGCACACGCAGCACGCAUUUUGUACUUGCUGUGUUCAAGUUCAGCUGGAACUCAAUAGCAGACUUUCACACUUCCUUUUUGUGUGAGUGGAAUGGAGGGACAUUCUGCUAAUGGGAAGGAUUUAGACACAUAAAAAUUAGCCCUGAUUCAGACAACCACAGCAGUCCAAAUCCUGAUGUAAUGAUCUAGGCUGCCACUAAUAAUUCUCUGCCUUAUGCAAAUUUGAGUAAAAUGAUAGCUUUCCCCUGCAAAAACUGUCUUUCAUUUUCCCAGAAAACCCAAAACAAGUACAGCCAGUGGUAAAGGGGAUUUUUGUCCCUCCUCCCACCUUGGAUAUGUUUUUAUGCAGCUGUAGCUGUGUUAAAGAAACAGAGGUUAUUCCAAAUAUCAAAAAAGAAAAAGAAGUCAAAACAAAAGCGCCGCAGAAAAAGAAAGGAGGAUGUUUUUAUAAGUCACAAACGUCUUGUUUUUUAGUUGCUAAUAAUGCACAAUCACAGUAGCAGAGGCAGAUUUAGCCUGCUUCAGACAAGUUAACAGCACCAUUCACCCUACAUACAGCUACAAAAUGGUCAUCAACGGCAAUACAAAGUCAGAAGAAAUUGCUAUUACUGGGGGAAAACUUUACAUCAAAAGCAUUUGAGUCAAAUGGCAUUAAAGCUACUAUCCAAAGAGUUGGGGUGGGGCAGUGGGAAUAAGAACUCUGUAUUAGGGAUCUAGUCAACCUUGUAAUGUAAAUGACUGUCUAAAGAAAGUGG